AUGGGCCUAAAUAAAAAAGCUGAGCUUCAAAGUAGGGUUACCCUCCCCGGCUUCACGUGGGACGCUAUGCUAAAACAUACUAGCCAGGAGCUGGAGAUAUUAACUGAUGUUGACAUGUUUUUGCGAGGCAUUCGAGGAGGUCUCAGUCAAGUCUGUUCGAAAAGACGAGCACACGCCAACAACAAGUACAUACCUAAUUAUGAUUCCUCAAAGCCCUCCAAAUACUUAAUGUAUUUAGAUGUUAAUAACCAAUAUGGAUGGGCCAUGUCGCAAUAUCUGCCCUAUGGUGGCUUUGAAUGGAGUGACACCAACAUCGAUAUCACCCAAAUACCUGACGAUGCACCAGAAGGGUAUAUGUUGGAGGUAGAUCUCGAGUAUCCUGAACAUCUACACGAUCUUCAUAAAGAUCUACGGUUUUGUGCUCAACAUACUAACCCAAAGACAGGUAAGCCCCGUAGAACAGCAAAGGAGCUUACCAAGUUGAUGGCUACCCUUCAACCUAAAACUAAAUACGUCAACGUUGAGAACGAUUAUAAUGCAUGCUUUGCAUGGGCUGUUACUGCAGCAUUACAUCCAACAUCGUAUGGUAGUCACCCAAAUAGGGUUUCAUCUUAUCCUCACUACUCAUCAGUACUGAAACUAAAAGGAAUUCAGUUUCCGAUGACGUUAAAUCAAAUUCCCAAUUUUCAGAAACAGAACAACAUUUCAAUAAAUGUAUAUAUCCUGAGACUUUGCCGUAAUAGAUAUGUUACAGUUCCUCUUCGACUUGCUAAAGAAAAGAGUACAAGACAUGUAAAUCCGCUGAUGAUUUUACAAUCAAUAUUAUGA